AGGAAACAAUCCUCACUUUCUAAUGAAUUAAUACUUGGAUUGAAAUCGAUUACUGCUUCUAACUUUUCAUGGAGAGACCCACUUGCUACAAUAAUUCUAGAAAUAUGUAGAAGAUUUAUAGCAAACUUCAAUGAAUAUCAAAUGGAAAGUUUACCUGAUAAACUAAAGCAUGAUAGUUCUUAG